UUGCUCAACUUUCCUCACCAAAGCUUACGUCUGCUCGUUUAUUAUCUCACUCUUAGUUUAUCUCAUUGCUCGUGGUGCACGCCCCAAGAAGCCCUCAAAAUGGCACCGAAAUCAGACCCGUUCCCAGGCUUCACGGCCAUCACCGACCAAAUUUUCUUUCGGGAGGGCGAACCAGUAACAGAGGGCACGCAGCCAUCAGCAGAUCACCCAAGGGUCGUCAUCAUUUACAGCUGGGGCGACGCCAUACCAAAACACGUCUCCAAAUACGCCGAUGGAUUCCGCACACUCUUUCCGCACGCAAAACAGAUCGCCGUGCUUUCGCCCAUCGUCAAAGCCAUGAGAGAGGACCUUCAGACCCGCUCCAACAACAUGAAGCCCAUCAUCGAAGCCGCCUAUCCCUCGACAACGUCCGGAACACCAGACCCCAACGAAGAUGCGGUCCUCAUGCAUGUCAUGUCCAACACGGGCGGCAUCAACUACGCUGGAACGCUGCACGCCUACCAAGAGAGAUUUGGUCGCCCCAUGCCGCAUCGCCUGUCUAGCUACGACUCGACGCCCGGCAGCGUGAUCAUGACCUGGAACAACCUCAAGCGCUGGUCUCUGGCCAUGACCCUUGGCACCGCUGGUUGGUUUCCCUGGCCGUUCGUUGUGACACAGUGCAUCAUGGGCGUCUUCCUUCUUCUGAAUCACAGCUUCGAGCACCUCACCGGCCGGGAAAGCGCGCCCGUCUUCAGCGUCGCGGCCAUUGGCGACACGAAGUAUGUUUCCAAGGGAUCACGCAAACUGUAUCUGUAUAGUAAGGAGGAUCCGCUCAUUGGCUGGGAGGAUAUCGAGGAGAAUAUGGCCGAGGCGAAGGGCAAGGGCUACGCCUAUGAUGCGGUGCGUUUCGAUGGCAGUGGCCAUGUUGGGCAUAUGCGGAUGCAUCCUGACCAGUACUGGAACGCUAUUGCAUCGGCUUGGAAAGAAACUAUCACAGCUUACCCUAUAGAUAUUCACCAACAAACAUACCCAAAGAAGAAUUCCACGCUCGAACACACGAUCAUGGGCUCCAAAGCCAGCCUGGCGCCCUUGGCAUCACUGCGCGUGUCCAAGCACCUCAUCCCGGCACAUGGACUGUUCCCAAACACAAGCAUCCAAAACAAACCCCUAUUGAUCUAUCACUCCGCCUUUUCGUCAACGAGUGUAUCAGCCAUCGAAUCUCGCCUUACCUCCCUUGGUGUCGUCGAGCCGCAAUGGCGAUAUACCAUGUACAGCACGAGUCACUUUCACAGUACAACACACGAAGUUCUGAGCAUUAGCCAUGGGCGCGCUAAGCUUUGUUUUGGGGGCGAAGAUAAUGAAGGCCGGAUCGAGCCUGUAGUUGAGAAGGGCGAUGUCAUCAUUGUACCGGCCGGCGUUUCUCACCGCUUGCUGGAUGAUUUUGGCAGCGGAUUCGAGAUGGUCGGAAGUUAUCCCAAAGGCUGCCACUGGGAUAUGUGCUACGGCAAAAGGGGCGAAGAAGGAAAGAUUGAUGCCAUUGCUGAGGUACCGUGGUUUAACAGAGAUCCGAUAUAUGGAGAUCAUGGGCCAGCAGUAGAGGUUUGA